CAUACUUUAAUCAGUUGUGUGUGUAUUGAUCAUUUACCUGUUUACUAGUUUAUCAUUCUGUAACGGGUAUGUAGAGAUCAUACGAUGAAACUCCGAAUUACAACUAUUAUAUAUCUACUCAAUGUUAUUGUAGCAGUAUGUGGAACCAGUGUGCAAAUAUAUACAUUUGGUGAGGACUGUUCUGUGUACUUUGAGAUGGUUAAUGAUGAGGAAUCGUUCAUUGCUGAAUACUAUGGAAAAAACCGUUUAGGCAGCUGGUGUGAUUACAUGUCAUUUACUGGGAGAGAUAGCGGCUAUAGGAAUGAAUAUAAAAUCUGCAUAACACCGUUAGUGUACAAAGACCCUGAUUGUGCGGUAGAGUUAACGUACAGGGAGCAUUUUAAGGAGCUUUAUAGUGGUUUACCAUUGAAGACAUAUACAUGCAAUGACAAACCGACAACGAAAUAUUGUGGAGAACAAGAUGAAUACAUGUAUAUUUACUUAACUUCUAAAAAACCCAAUAAUCUUCAGAAUGUUCAAGUCAAACUGCAAAUUGAAGCUGUUAUGACUUACGAUUACAGUAGAACCAUAGGCAUUAUAAUAGGAUGUGUAAUUGGUGGCAUUGUAUUAAUUUCUGUUAUCGUCGGAGUUAUUUUAUUUUACACAUGCAGAGGACGAAGAUCAGCUGGACAAGUUAUUAACCCAGGAACCGGAAUAUCAAUGGAUCAAUAUCAGUCCCCUAAUGCAUCGUAUCCAUCACAACCAACUGGAAAUUAUGCACCACCACCAGGCAGUUAUCCAACUCAACCAACAGGAAACUAUACAGUCCAACCAACAGGAGGUUAUCCGUCACAACAAACCGGAAAUGAUAACUCUAAUACCCAAUCUGAGCCUGCAUUUACAGGCAACUCAUACAAUUCUCCUCCACCAGCCUACACAGAUGUUUCAAAAACGUAGAUCAAUACAAACAUAUACAUGCAUUUAAAAUUGUGACCAUUAAGUUUUAAAUUACUUUGCAUUCUUAUUAAUGAAAUGUCAUUAUAUUUAAUAUGUAUGAGGUAUUCAAAUCUUCUCCACGCUAUUUUGUGAGAGUAUACACAGUAAGUAGAUAUAUGUUUAAACUUUUAAAAAAGGAUAAUAAAAAAAGUUUUUUUUUAUCUUAUGCCAUAAAAUAUGAUCUAUAUGAUGACACAUACAAUUAUAACCUAAGUUAACUCGUUAGUUAUUUAGCAUCUCUGUGAUAUAACAAUUGUAUACCCAGUUCAUUGUAAUUAAGUCAAAAGACGGGCAGGUAAUUGGUGUAAAACAAUCUUAGAUACACUUCAUUGUAUUAGUUUACAAUAAUGACAAUUUUAUUCUCGUAUUUUCUUUAUUUAUAUUGGUACUUAUCUCAAAUUACAGCAAAUGGCAUUUGUUUUACUGUUAUGAAUUGCCUUUCAUUGUAAAAUAAAAUUAAAUAUGCAAAGUAAUCGACAUUUCUAACAAUAAAGGCAAGAACCUAGAUGAUAUUAAGUUUUUUAUUAUUAUAAUAUAUUAUUUAUAUAUAUGUGUAUAUAUACGGUGACAACAAACUGGUUGUCUUGCUGCAAGUAAAAUAUAAAAAUUUCACGAUCAUUCAAAUAUUUUUUAAAUAUUAGUCUUAUUCUCCUUAAAAAUUAAAUAAAUAUACUUUGUUAUGUUGAAAUCUUUUGGAUAAUGCAAUGAAUUGCCUUCUUUAUACAAGUAAGCAGUCUUACUUGUAAAUUGCAAAAUCCUCUUCUUGCAUGUAAACUUUAAAUCUCUAGAUUACCAGUGUCAAUUUUACUUAAAAUAUGUUCAAUAUAUGAAUCUCAUUUAAUAUUUUAGUCUAGAAAAAAUAUAUGUGAUGUUUUGAUAAGUUAUAGUUGCCAAUUAUAUAUGUAAUUAUGUAUA